AUGGCAAAUGAGAAGAAUACAAUAUACGUAGGAGGAUUAGCUGAUGAAGUAACAGAGAAGCUCCUUAAUGAUAUAUUCAUAGUCUUUGGGGAUAUCGUAGAAAUUCAAAUGCCGACAGACUAUGAGACACAAAAGCACAGAGGAUUUGCAUUUGUAUGUUAUGAAACUAGUGAAGAUGCCGCACAUGCUGUAGACAAUAUGAAUGACAGUGAAAUUUCAGGACGUACGAUAAGAGUGAAUGUAGCAAAACCACAGAGAAUGAAAGAGAACUCAAUAAAGCCAGUUUGGGCUGAAGAUACAUGGUUACAGAAAUAUGCAGGAAAGACACUAGAUGAUACAGAGGAAUCAAAGGAAACGAAUGUCGAAAGUGUCACUGUAAGUGCUCCAGUCACUGAAGAGAAGAAGAAUCCUAAUCCACAAGUUUAUUUCGAUAUAAAAAUUGGAAAUUCUGAUGUUGGCCGAAUAGUUAUGCUGCUUAGAGCUGACAUUGUUCCAAAAACAGCUGAGAAUUUCAGACAAUUAUGCACCGGCGAACAAGGAUAUGGCUUUAAAGGAAGUAGCUUUCAUCGAAUUAUUCCAGAAUUCAUGUGUCAAGGAGGUGACUUUACAAAAAACAACGGAACUGGCGGAAAAAGCAUUUACGGAGCUAAAUUUGCCGACGAAAACUUUAAACUUAAGCAUACAGGAUUUGGAACAUUGUCAAUGGCUAAUUCUGGUGCCAAUUCAAAUGGAAGUCAGUUCUUUAUAUGCACAACUAAGACAGACUGGCUUGAUGGCAAACAUGUGGUAUUUGGAAAAGUCAUUGCUGGUGCUGAAGUCGUUAAAAAGAUGGAGAAAUGUGGAAGCAAGUCUGGUGCAUCGACACAAAAAGUUACGAUAUAUUCAUGUGGGGAACUGAAAUGA